GCGGGGCCUGGGGCGCGAUGCAAAUGAGGAAGGCGGGGUCUGCCCGGGGCUCCGCCUCCCUCCCCCGCAGCUGGGGCCAGCGGUGCCAAGCGCAGCUGGACGAGCGGCGGCAGCUGGGCGAGUGACAGCUCCAGCUCCGCGCGCCGCGGCCGCCAGAGCCGGCGCAGGGGAAGCGCCCGCGGCCCCGGCCGGCAGCAGCGGCCGCCUCCUCCCGCGCCUCCCGGGCCCGCAGCCCGCGGUCCCACGGCCCCGGGGCCGGCACCUCUCGGGCUCCCGCUCCCCGCGCGCAAGAUGGCUGACCCGGCUGCGGGGCCGGCGCCGAGCGAGGGCGAGGAGAGCACGGUGCGCUUCGCCCGCAAAGGCGCCCUCCGGCAGAAGAACGUGCACGAGGUGAAGAACCACAAAUUCACCGCCCGCUUCUUCAAGCAGCCCACCUUCUGCAGCCACUGCACCGACUUCAUCUGGGGCUUCGGGAAGCAAGGAUUCCAGUGCCAAGUCUGCUGUUUUGUCGUGCACAAGCGGUGCCAUGAAUUUGUCACUUUCUCCUGCCCAGGCGCGGACAAGGGCCCAGCCUCUGAUGAUCCCCGGAGCAAACACAAGUUUAAGAUCCACACGUACUCCAGCCCCACAUUUUGUGACCACUGUGGGUCACUGCUGUAUGGACUCAUCCACCAGGGGAUGAAAUGUGACACCUGCAUGAUGAACGUCCACAAGCGCUGCGUGAUGAACGUCCCCAGCCUCUGCGGCACGGACCACACGGAGCGCCGCGGCCGCAUCUACAUCCAGGCCCACAUCGAGAGGGAAGUCCUCAUCGUUGUCGUAAGAGAUGCUAAAAACCUUGUACCUAUGGAUCCCAAUGGCUUGUCAGAUCCCUACGUGAAACUGAAACUGAUUCCUGACCCCAAAAGUGAGAGCAAGCAGAAGACCAAAACCAUCAAGUGCUCCCUCAACCCUGAGUGGAAUGAGACGUUUAGAUUCCAGCUGAAAGAAUCGGACAAAGACAGGAGACUGUCUGUAGAGAUUUGGGAUUGGGAUCUGACCAGCAGGAAUGACUUCAUGGGAUCUUUGUCGUUUGGGAUUUCUGAAUUGCAGAAAGCUGGUGUUGAUGGCUGGUUUAAGUUACUGAGCCAGGAGGAAGGCGAGUACUUCAACGUGCCUGUGCCGCCGGAAGGAGGCGAGGGCAGUGAAGAACUGCGGCAGAAGUUCGAGAGGGCCAAGAUCAGUCAGGGGACUAAGACUCCAGAAGAAAAGACGACCAACACCAUAUCCAAAUUUGACAACAAUGGGAACAGGGACCGGAUGAAGCUGACCGAUUUUAACUUCCUGAUGGUGCUGGGGAAAGGCAGCUUUGGCAAGGUCAUGCUCUCAGAGCGAAAGGGCACAGAUGAGCUCUAUGCUGUGAAGAUCCUCAAGAAGGAUGUGGUGAUCCAAGAUGACGAUGUGGAAUGCACGAUGGUGGAGAAGCGGGUGCUGGCCCUGCCCGGGAAGCCGCCGUUCCUGACCCAGCUGCACUCCUGCUUUCAGACCAUGGACCGCCUGUACUUUGUGAUGGAGUAUGUCAACGGGGGUGACCUCAUGUACCACAUCCAACAAGUUGGCCGGUUUAAGGAGCCUCAUGCUGUAUUUUACGCUGCAGAAAUUGCCAUCGGUCUGUUCUUCUUACAGAGCAAGGGCAUCAUUUACCGUGACCUAAAACUUGAUAACGUGAUGCUAGAUUCGGAGGGCCACAUCAAGAUCGCUGAUUUUGGCAUGUGUAAGGAAAACAUCUGGGACGGAGUGACGACCAAGACAUUCUGUGGCACUCCAGACUAUAUCGCCCCUGAGAUAAUUGCUUAUCAGCCCUAUGGGAAGUCCGUGGAUUGGUGGGCAUUCGGAGUCUUGCUGUAUGAAAUGUUGGCUGGGCAGGCUCCCUUUGAAGGGGAGGAUGAGGAUGAACUCUUCCAGUCCAUCAUGGAACACAACGUGGCUUAUCCGAAGUCCAUGUCCAAGGAGGCUGUGGCCAUCUGCAAAGGGCUGAUGACCAAACACCCAGGCAAGCGUCUGGGUUGUGGACCUGAAGGCGAACGUGACAUCAAAGAGCAUGCAUUCUUCCGGUAUAUUGACUGGGAGAAACUUGAACGCAAAGAGAUUCAGCCCCCAUAUAAGCCAAAAGCCUGUGGGCGAAAUGCUGAAAACUUCGACAGAUUUUUCACCCGCCAUCCACCAGUCCUAACACCUCCUGACCAGGAAGUCAUCAGGAAUAUUGACCAAUCAGAAUUCGAAGGAUUUUCCUUUGUUAACUCUGAAUUUUUAAAACCUGAAGUCAAGAGCUAAGUAGCUGUGUAGAUCUCCGUCCUUCAUUUCUGUCAUUCAAGCUCAACGGCUAUUGUGGUGACAUUGUUUUUUUCAUUGCAAAGUUGCAUCCAUGUCUUUAUUUGCUGAUGAGACUAGAGUGACCGUGUUUCAGAACCCAAAUGUCCUCAGGUAGUUUGGAGCAUCUCUGUGAGAUGGGAUUAUGCAGAUGGCGUAUGGAAAUGCUGCUGCAUAAUUAACACGUUAUCAUAGUCCUCUUACAAUUUAUUUUUUCCAGCAUGUCAGCCAAGUAGAUCCAGUGGGGACAGAAAAUGCCUGCUUUCUUCCCCUUUUAUUCUGCACUACUGUUUUCAUACAUUCUCCAACUCCAACCAUCCAGUCCAGAUUUUUCUUACCGAAUGAGUGGAUAAUUGGAUGCUAGCCUAUUCUUCCACUUCUGGACCUGGAGCUUGGCUUGUACCCAAGUUUAUGGUUUCUUUGACUUAGAGGGAAUUCCUCCAUUCUGCCUGGUUUGGAAACACCAUGAGCUUUGAAAAGAACAUGCUAAAAAUAAAAUUUUAUUUGUUAUUUUUUUUAACUCAAAGUUAAGAAGAUUAUCUAAGCCCUUUGAAAAUUCUCAGAGUGUGCUUUUAGGCAGUUUCGAUCUAAAAGCACCUCAGAGGUCAAAAGACAACCAGCUUGGGUGCUGCCUCAGGACUGUAAUUUCUGAUGCUAUAUGUCCCCAGUGACCUUCACCCCCAAACUACUUGAAAAGGGCAUUUGGCACCACUCCCUGAGAAGGCAUGGUCACUCUACAUGGUCCCAACGGGCCACGGUUUUACAUUACAUUUCAAACUUUAUUUGCUUUGGGGUUUUAUUUCUGUUGUUGUUCAAGUGCAAAAAAAUUCCUCACUUUGUUACACACGCUUUGAAAUAUGUGUCCAAAUGUUAUUAACCAUGAUGACCUGCUUUGAUUUGCCAAGAAGACAGCUCUGGCGCCAGCAGACCCAGGCCUGUGUGGAUGGGAUUUGUCUAGGUUCGUUGCUGGCUUUGGAAAGCUAAUUAAGUGCUCUGAGAAAGACACCAUUUCUUGACACAUAGACAGUUGUAUUCUUCACUUUGAUGUUGUUUUGCAAGAUGUUUGUGGAAAUGUUCAUUUGUAUCUGGAUAUCUGUUAUGUGCCAUUUUUCUUCUAGCGUCAGCAUACAAUAAUAAAAAAAAAAAAAGAAGAAGAAAUGCUAUUUCAAGGAAAACAACUCUCUUUGAAAAAUGUGGACCCAAACUACAAAGUGGGGCCUCUCAAGGCUUCAGGACAGAAAGGAGCUAAACCCAGAGCUUAAUCUUGGCCCCAGUGUUCAGCCAGUUCAGAGAGGCUGGGACUGGGGACCGUUCAGGGACUCCUGGUGGCCUGUAAUAGGAUGGGGUGAGCUAGCUGGGGGGCUUCCAAGGAUGUCAGAGCUCAAAGCCCACAGUCCCACCAGUCACGUUUAGGGGUCAGCUUGGAGCGUGGCUGGGGCACGCUCCUGAUUUUCUUAUUAAAAUCACCACUCCUCCCAGCUCGGACGAAACAUUCUUUCUAGCAAGCAGCUUUAUGAGCCCCCAGAAGCCCAAGGAAACCCCCUGGGUGGCAGAAAUCCCAUUUCUUUCUGAGUAGAUGAGGACAGCAAAUGGCUCCCCAUCCUUGCCUGCUGCCUCCUGCUAUUUGCAGGCAACCCUAAAGAGAAUUCUUAUCACAAGUCGAGUGAUUUCCAGAAGCGCCAGGGCUUCUAAGAGACCAUCAAGGGAACUUGAAAAACUUGACAAAUGUCCUUGAAGUAAGACUUCUCAUCUUAAGAAAACCAUGAUUUGGAUUUCUGCUUAAGCCAGGGCCCUGCCCUUCAUUCCUUUCUGCCCUCUUGCUUCUCCUUGCUGCAGGCUUUGGGGCCAUCUCUGCUACUGCCAUGGUGGUGGCAAUCUAGACCUCAGGUGAAACAAACUUCAGUCCUAGCUGACAAGCUUAGGAGGCUAGAGAAGGAGGGAAAUCGAGGCACAGCCCUCUCAUUUUAUUGUUGGGAAAACUGGCAUCUGGAGAGAGGAAGUGACUUGCCCAAGGUCAGCCACCUGGGAUGCAAACCUGAGUGUCCUGAUUCUCAGGGUGGGACUCCUUCUGCUCUAUAACCAGCAUCUCUGAGCCAUGCCCAUCAACAGGCAGGUUAUCUGAGGCCCUUCAUCUGGCCGUUGGGUCACCAGGCUUUUCCUUGGAUAUACUCUCAGGAAGAUAAAAACAUGGAGAAAUGCUGGGACGUUGACAAAUGAUUUAUGACAACUUUUGAGAACAAUGUAAGACACAGAUAGAUAGACUAAACUGUCUAUAUAUACUGCACUCUAAGUUUUCUGAAUUGCUGCCAUUAUUUUUCAGAAGUUUAACAGUUUGCAUACAUAGAUGCUCAGGCCAAAGUCUCCGUUCCCCUAACAUGUCCUACUGAGGUUGGUCAGGAAAGCCUUCUGUGGAAGUAAGAGAUCGUUAGUCAGAAUUCCUGCAGUUUCCUUUUCUAUCAACAUUUCAAGUAAAGAGGAGACCAAGAUACAGCUUUUAACGUAUAUAAUCUCUGGGCAAUAGUUUGCAAAUUUAUCCUGGAAGGAAGAUUUUUAAUUUAUUUUUGCCAUCAUCCAUGUAUUCCACCCUCCAUUAAUUCAUCCAAACAGCAUUUAUUGAGCACCAGCUGUGUGCCAGGCUCUGUGCUGGGUGCCAGGAGCACAGUGAGGAGCCAUCCAGAUGCCGUCCAGAGGGCAGUCAUCAAACAAGUGACUAAAAGCAUGAUAGGAUCUAGAGAUAACUAGUCUCUGCGUUAGUCAGGGAGGCUUCUUACGAGAAAGAGAAACUCAUUAAAAUCUUCGGGGCCCUUCCUUCUCUCUGGAGACCACAGUUUGAGGCUGAAGGAGAAGCUGCAGCAGCGCCCUCUUGACUCAGAGUUCUGGGACAAUCCUAUAGCAUGAUGGGUGAGGAAAGAGAGAGGCAGGAUGGAAGCUGGGGUGGGUUUCCCUCUAGAAGGCCAAAGGCACGGUCUCUGUGCUCGAACAGACCACAGGAUCACCAAGAUCUGAGCAGAGACAGGUGCUCAUAUGGAGAAAGGGAGCCAGUUUUACAGCUCAGUUCCGAGUCCUGGCUCUCACCUCUUUAUUCCUGCAGGCAUUACCCUUUCCGGGUCAGGGAGACACUGCUCUCCUUCCAGCACACUGUCCCUGGCUUCACGCCACUUGGUUCUUCUAGAUGAGACAGAUUGAGAUUUUCCAAAAGAACCUAAAUAGGGGCAGAAUUUAAAAAAAAGAAAAUUUAAUGAGAAAAUCCAAAGAAACCUAAACACAUCCAUGUUAGCCAUGGUUAAUUGUCUACCAGGAUCCAGGAAUCCUCUUUUCAUUCCUUAGACUUCUCACUAACCUGCUCCUCUUCUAAGAAAGAUAGUGCCGUGGUCACAAUGACCUUCUUGGGGAAUUAAUAGGAGGCCAGUGGAAUUAAUAACCCUCAUUGGAUGAGUGAGACUAUUCUCAUGUGGCUUCAAAUGCUAUCAACCCAGAAAGGAAUUGUCCCAACAUUCUCUCCCAACUUCUAGGGUAAAAUUCAGGGAUAUUUCCUAUGGGGACCUGCCAACAGGACAAAGUCCAUCAUGGCAAGUCCUCUUUGGACCAUGUGGCUGUUUGACGCAUGAAACAUCACCAGCACAACAAAUGGGAAGGGCUUUCAAAGUUGUGGGUAGUGGGAAAGGAACCCUGCUGGAUGCCCACAGGCAGGGAAGGCCACAUAGGGUUCAUAUUACCAGGGGAGACCCGAAAAGAGGCAGCUUCUUACCUUCUAGCCCAAGAUAUACCCAUGACCCACACACAGCCCUGGAGCUGUCAGACCUUGAAAGGGAUUAACACAGUUCAGUCUAUACUGUGACUCAAAAUGGGCAGUGGCCCAUGUGAGAGACCCUUAAGAUCAAUGGGAACAAUUGUUUUGCUAUAGAGUGAAGUCUCUGACUCGGGGACAACUAUAAGUUGAGAAAGGGGAAGAGUCUCAUCCUUCCUCAGGUCUUCAUUCAUUGAUUCAUGCAUUCAACAAAUAAUUGUGGACAGCCUGCUGUGUGUCACGCAUUAUUGUUGGCACUGGAAAUACGAUAGUGAAGAAACAGACAAGGACUCUGCCCUCCUGGAGAGAGGCAAUAAAUAAACAAGACAAUUGCUGAUGGCAGCAGGUGCCAUGAAGACAAUUGAAAGGAUGCUAAAGUAUGAUUUCUGGAGUCAGGAAAGGGAUGCACAGACAAUGUUAAAGGAAGAGCUGGCAAUUGAGUUUUUCUCUGAACACAGGAAGUGAUGCAUUCAGUGCCUGGGACAGCACAGGACAGACUGACAACAGGCAGGAGACACAGCAGAAGAGGUGGCAUGUGGCAGGAGACGGCCCAUCAUCCAGAGAACAGCUCCAUCAGCACCUUCAGCCACUCUGCUGUGGCUGCACGUACUGAAAUGUGUUCCUGAUGUCCCCCUUACUCCUGCACCCCAACACAUACACUGCACGAGUGAGUGGAGAACUCCAUAGGCACAUGUUACCUAUCUCAAGGGAGCAGCCCAAAAGAAGGAAUUCUUGUGAGAGGUGUCUUGCAAAGGAGAAUGAGCCCAGCAAUGAGAAAUCCUUAGCAGUCAGUGCCCACUGGGGGCCAAGCCUAAAGCAUGGAUGGCGAUUGGCCAGAC